CUCUCCAUUGCUCUUCCUCUUCUCACACAGCGACACCUCCUGGUUUCUCAUUACCCCGGUGAACCCUCGCUCAUGCCCGCUCCCCUCUACGUCCUCCACAACCGCUGGCUCCCUGAUAUCUACCUCAACUUCAACCCUCCUGUCCGCAUCGUCGACAUGGGCUCUGCCUCCUCUCGCCAUUGCCACUGCUCCCACGCCUGCAGCUGCACGAUGGCGUACGCGGGCAACAACACCCACUACGUCAACGCCGCUCUUCAGAGAGCCCUCCUGUCCGAGAGCAAAUCUGUUCAGCAUGGCGCGAUCCGCGACGUCACUCUUGGAGUGACUGAUGGAUCGACCGUCGCGCUCUGCAGCCAGCGCUUCAUCGACCGCUUCAAGGAGUGGGGAGCCAACGAGGAGUAUCGCAAGGUCGUGAUCGCCGUGCUAUCCGAGCGGCUCAAGCUCGGCUGGCCCUACAACUACAAGGCGGUCGACGUGCUGGCCGUCAUGCCCGACGCCGCGCUCAUCCCUUUCAUCGACAGGCUCGACAAGCUCACCAAGCUUGACGCCAAUGUCCGCGGGUCUGCAGACCUCAAGAAGCUCGUAAAGCCCGUCCUCGACCGCGCGAACAAGGCCAAGGAGGCAAAGGCCGAGGAGGAGGCCAAGAAGAAGCAGCAAGCCAUCGAGGCCGCUGCUGGCAACUACUACUACAUGUACAACCGCGGUCUCAACGCAGCCUCGCCAUACAACAGAGGCUACUACGACGGCAUUGCCGCCCAGGCCGACAGGUGCUGCUGCGGCGUGUGCCUCCAAUGCAUGCCCUCGCCACCCGGCCACACGUGGCCGUACGCGACCUACCCCGGCUCGCCGGUCGGGUUCGUCCGCGACUGGCCGAACACGACGCCAGAUGACUGGGCAACGUGCGUCCGCAACCACCGAGUGUCGCUCGUCUUCUACCCGACGCCGGCGGCAGACGACGACUAG